AUGGCUAAUAUUAGUGCAGAAAACGUUAGCAAACUUAUACCUUCACUUGGUGACGACAAAAUUGAUAUGAUUGCUGCUACCAGUGUAUUACAAAUAAGGGCGAGUGAAAUACGUCAAACUCAGAUUAAUUGGCAGUCCUAUUUGCAGUCUCAAAUGAUCACCCAACGUGAUCAUGACUUCAUUGUUAAUUUAGAUCAGCGUGGUCAGAAAGAUUUGCCAGAUAAAAACCCAGAAGUUUGUGCCGAAGUGUUCCUUAACCUCCUUACACAUAUAUCUAAGGACCAUACUAUCCAGUAUAUUCUUGUUCUUAUUGAUGAUAUUCUGUCUGAAGACAAGUCUAGAGUAAAGAUCUUCCGAGAAUCCAGGCAUGGAAAUAUCUGGCAAACUUUCUUGAAUUUGUUGAACCGUCAAGAUGAAUUUGUCCAACACAUGACAGCUCGCAUCAUUGCCAAGCUUGCAUGUUGGCAUUCACAACUCAUGGACAAGAGUGACCUGCACUUCUAUCUGUCCUGGCUCAAGGAUCAACUUAAAAUGAAUGCGGAGAAAAUGUCUGCCGAGUUAGAGCGUGCCGAGCAGGUUAUGUUGGCGCACGAAAAACAGCAUUUCGUCGACAAGCAUAAACACCACAAGGAUAAGGAUUCUGAAGGAGCCCACGAGAAAUAUUCGAGACUUAACAACUCUUUCGAUGAUGUGAAAUCACACGAGGAUUUACCACCAGGUCUCCAUAAGAACAACGAUUACAUCCAGUCGGUGGCACGCUGCCUACAAAUGAUGCUUCGGAUUGAUGAGUAUCGCUUUGCUUUCUUGUCUGUUGAUGGCAUUUCUACUCUUUUAUCCAUCCUCGCAUCCAGAGUUAAUUUUCAGGUGCAAUAUCAGCUCGUUUUCUGCCUAUGGGUGCUAACUUUUAAUCCCCUCUUGGCUGAAAAAAUGAACAAGUUCAAUGCUAUUCCGAUUCUUGCUGACAUCCUUAGUGACUCUGUUAAGGAAAAAGUUACUCGCAUUGUUCUGGCUGUAUUCAGAAACCUCAUUGAGAAACCUGAAGACCAACAGGUAGCUAAAGAGCACUGUAUUGCUAUGGUUCAGUGCAAGGUUUUAAAGCAGCUUUCUAUCCUGGAGCAAAAGCGUUCCGACGACGAAGAUAUUAUGAGUGAUGUGGACUUCCUAAAUGAACGCUUGCAAACAUCAGUACAAGACCUUAGCUCUUUUGAUCAAUAUGCUACUGAGGUCAAGAGUGGCCGGCUAGAGUGGUCUCCGGUGCACAAAUCGGCCAAGUUCUGGCGCGAGAACGCCCCCGUCUCAACGAGCGUGGCCAAGAACUGCUUCGUACCUUGGUCCAUUUGUUGGAGAAGAGCCGCGAUCCCGUCGUACUCGCUGUUGCCUGUUACGACAUCGGGGAGUACGUGCGUCACUAUCCACGUGGCAAACAUAUUAUCGAACAAUUGGGAGGAAAGCAGCGUGUAA